AUGGACGAUCUGUCACAGGCGGUCUCUGACAAGCUCAAUCUCAGCAAGGAGGACACUGCACCGGCGUCUCCAAAGGCAACCAAGGCUGAGCAGGCGUUCACAUCGGCACCGAGCACCAAGCAGCACACGCAUGACCCUGCAUCCAUCCCUUCAAUCGUUCCAUGGCAGCCCGAGUUGUGGUGUCAUCAGUUCCCCCGUGACCGCAAAAUGAUGGUAGGGACCAUCACCGCGACCUCACCUCUGCCCACGGCCAGCGACACCAAGCUCACGUACGCCACACAUCCUCACAUCAUCGAGCAGCUUCUCGAUUAUGUCGACACCAAUACUCUUUUCGCGUUCCGUUCCACGUGUCGCAGAUUGCGCGACGAAGUCGACCUGGUGUUUGAAUCUCACAUCGAGCUGCACAUGGAGGGUCUGCAACUUGUCUUCGAGACUCCAGCCAGGCGCGUCAUCAAAGCGCAGCGCAUUCCUCGCUUCUACAACCCCGCUUUGCACAACAUCCGCCUGGACGUGCGCCCCUCCUUGGAAGAGUUCAGCUAUCACUCGGAUAACCGCUUCGACCACCACAUCACCAACUUUGCCGUGCAUCAUACCGUCGCUGAUUGGUUCGCCAAGUUCCUCAGCAACAUCAAGAUUCUGGACUUCCAUGGCGGUAUCCUGAUGAACAUCUUGCCAGGGGCCCCUCCCAGGAAGGGGCCUGAUGCACUUGGAGAGGUGGCGGUCAAGAGCGUCAAGGUCCCCAAGCUUCGGUUCUUCCCCGAUGGCCAAUCUGACUGUGGCUUCGCCGCAGCUGUUCCAUUCUACGCCGAUGUCGUCGAGUACCACGGCAACCUUCACCUGACCCACCAGAGAAUCGACGGCUCUUGGUUGUUCUGGCCCAAGUGGGUUCCGCAAUGUGAGGAGGUCGCCCACCACGUGAUGCUGGGGAUCAAUCAGAAGUUCAACAUUUCGCCUGACAGAGUGAAGCCCUUCGUGUAUCCACCUAGCGUGAAGAAGGUGGUCGUUCUCCUCUGCGUCAUCAAGCCUCCCAAUCUCACCACUCUGACCAUCCCUGGAAGCACCGCCGAGGAGAGGUGCAUUCCCAUUGUUACUCUGCUGCUCGUCCUUCAACGCAUCUGCGGCGCGCUCCAGCCGGGCAUCACGUGGGAGAUGUACGGCUUCACAGGCACCAAGCUCGCGACCUCGCAGGCCCCUGGCGGGAUUCUGGCUGCGGACCGCGUGCCGAACACAGUCAUGCUGUAUCUCGUCCGCCUUCAAGCAGCCAUCGACAAGGAGGAGCUCAAGACGGAUGAAGACUACCACCGUAAGGCUGCGGAGAUGUGGGGUCGGGUCAUCUUUCACGGCCAGACGAUUGGUCCUCAAGCCAUGUGA